AAAGAAUGCGAUCAGACAUCAAAGAACAAAGACGAGGCAGUGAUAUUGAUAUAUAGAUUCUAAUAUACAUUUAUGUAGUAGAUACUAAAUACUUCAAAUAAACUAUUCAGUGUUUUCAAAUACUAUUUGUUUCCAUGGCAACUUCCAUCAGCAUAAAACUAAACACCACAUGGCAUCAUAUCGUCAGUAGUGGCACGUUCAGUGACUACGUUCUAUUCUAAUAUAUUAAAAAUGUCAUUUCGUGAUUUAAGAAAUUUUACAGAAAUGGCAAGAGUGUUGGAAUAUCCCAGAUUAAUAUCGCUAUCGAAUUUCCGUCUGCCAAAUUUUCCUUUAGUUGCGGAAAUUCUUGUGUGGCUUCUAAGACGAUUCGAUCCUAACGUGGAUCUACCGGUGGAGCAUAAUACAGAACAAGAUCGAGUUGCACUUAUCCGCAAUGUUGCUGAGUUUAUGGCGAUAAAGGCGAAUAUAAAACUUAACACGAAAAAGCUUUAUAUGGCAGACGGCUAUGCUGUUAAGGAACUUUUGAAGAUAACAUCAUUACUUUACGAAGCCCAAAAUCGUAGUAAUGAAAAGGAUAUUCUUCUUGGGGAUAGCGAAGACGCCUCGCAUAUCAAUAUAUCCGACAAGAUUAACGAGUUAAAAUCAACAAGGCAGUUGGCAAGCCAUCUUACUGUUAAUGGUGCUACUCUCUUCGACCUACUUGGGAAAGAAGUUGAUCUUCGAGAAAUUCGGAAUACGAAAGUAUCUCGGCAAUUUGAUACUUCGGAGAUCGAGCAUGCUUUGCGGGAUGUCCUAGAAGGGACCAGGAUUGAGAUUGAGGACACAAGAAAACAAAUUGAUAGUGUCAAAGAUACUGAGCAAAGUUUAGACGCACGUAUCGAGAGACGCCGUGUAGAGCUUGACCGUAACCAAAAGCGUCUUCAGACUUUACGUAAAGUUCGUCCAGCUUUUAUGGAGGAAUUUGAAAAACUCGAAGUUGAAUUGAGAUCACUAUACGAGAUUUAUCUGCAAAAAUUUCGUUAUGUUGCUUACCUAGAACAUUUGUACGAAGAUGCUGCUAAAGCGGAACAGGAACGAUUUGAAAGAAGGCAAGCUGCCACGAAGAAACAAUUGGAACAGCUCAGGGGUGAAGAUGUCAGUUUCGAGAGCAUGAUGGAAGGUAACGACUCUAUAUUUGCCACCAACCUACAAGAAUCUUUUGGUCUUACGGCAGGGGACAAACAAUCCUUGGAGAAGACGAAUUCGGCAGUGCGUACUAAACCCGGCGACAGAGCCACCAGAGUGCAUAUACCUCAGCGACGCAUUUACGGCAGUAUGUCAGGCCGUCAGCGUGGAAUUAUCAAUGAAAAUAAUGACAGUGGCGGGUCACUCGACAGUGACAGUGAUUUAUUGAUUGAUGGUGACUUGGAUGACGACGACGAAGAGGACGACCUUCUUAAUUCUGUUGGAGAUCCCGAAAUCGGUACAUUUGAUUUAAAGAUACCGGAGAAACGGGCUGUUAGCAAAAUCGAUCAUUCUGAUGAAGAUUUUUAAAUAUAAAGGUUGUGAAAUAAUUCAGUAUACAAUUACUAGAUAGAAUACAUUACUAUACAAUAAUGUUUGGAUAAAUGAUGAUUUUUAUCUUCGUCAUCACGUAAUAAAGAUUCGUUU